AUGCUACAUCUGGCAGAUCCCAGCAAGCCCAAGAGCGACAAGGCGACGGUGCUGGGGGACAGCCUCUCAGCGCUGAGAGAGCUGCGCUCCACGGUGGCGGCGCUGAGGGCGGAGCACUGCGUGCUGUCUGGGGAAGCCAAGGAGCUGUCAGCGGAGAAGCAGGAGGUGAGGCAGGAGCGGCAGCUGCUGCGCAUGGAGGUGGAGGCGCUGCAGGCGCAGCUGCAGAUGCGCAUGCACGCCAUGCUGCCCUGGCUCCCCCCAUCCGCCCUCCCCUCCUUUCCCUUCCCCUCCUCCUCCUCCUCCUCCCCUUCCUCCUCCUUCCCCUCCACUGCCACCCUCUCUGCUCUUGCCGCCUCCCUCCGCCCUCCCAACGGGGCAGCACACUCUUCUGCUGCUGCCUCUGCUGCUGCUUCUGCUGCUGCUGCUGCUGCUGCUGCUGCUGCUGCUGCUGCUCCCUACGCGCCAGUUCAUCCUGCUACUGCUGCUGCCACUGCUGCACCUAACGGGGCAGCGCACCCUUUUUCUCCUGCCAACGCGGGAGCGACACAUGGUCCAGCCAAUUGGACAACACCCCCUGCUGCCACCCCAAACGGGACGCCACAACCUGCUGCUUCUGCGGCAGUUCCUGGUGCUGCAGCAAGUUCAGUGGAUGGUGCAAAUGCGAACCCCUUCGCCCCUUCGAGUGCAAACCCCUUCGCCCCUGCGAGUGCAAACCCCUUCGCCCCUGCGAGUGCAAACCCCUUCGCCCCUGCUUCUACCGCUGCUAACAGCAUGCUUCCAGCCUUUGCAGUUUCUCAGGCUGUACCAAGCGGCAUGGGUCACAGCAGCAGCAGCUCGAGUUCCCUGCUUGGGAACCCCGCCGCUGCUGCCCUCCCUGCUCGUCCCUUCGCCGUCCCCUCUGCUCCCCCCGCUACCGCCCUCUCUAACCUCCCCUCUGCCUCCCCUGCUACAGCUCCCCCUAAUGUUCCCGCCACGCUACUCGGAGCAGCAGCACCCUUGCCCCUACCACUCUUGGCCCUACCAACUGGAAUGCACCUCCGUGCUAACUCGUCACCUGCAGCACCGUCUGUAGCAGCAACACCCACCGCACAUUUCGGGGUGCCAGCAUCUGCCACACACGCGCAGCCGGCACCACCUCUUACACACUCCCAGACGCCACCACCUGUGUCACUCCCCCGAGCAUCACCACCCACAGGGAAGGACCUGACACUGUCCCUGGGCGGUGUAGGCUUCAGUAGUGCUCGCAACAGCAGCAGCACUCUGCAGCAGGCACAGCCCGGACGCAGUCUUGUGGGGCCAGCAGCAGCAGGUGAAAGCAGCACGUUGGGCAAGUCAGCAGGGGACCAGGGAAUACAUGGGCCAACAGCAGCGGGCCAGGGAAUACAUGGGCCAACAGCAGCGGGCCAGGGAAUACAUGGGCCAACAGCAGCGGAGCAGGGAAUACAUGGGCCAACAGCAGCGGAGCAGGGAAUACAUGGGCCAACAGCAGCGGAGCAGGGAAUACAUGGGCCAACAGCAGCGGGCCAGGGAAUACAUGGGCCAACAGCAGCGGAGCAGGGAAUACAUGGGCCAACAGCAGCGGAGCAGGGAAUACAUGGGCCAACAGCAGCGGAGCAGGGAAUACAUGGGCCAACAGCAGCGGGCCAGGGAAUACAUGGGCCAACAGCAGCGGAGCAGGGUAUGCAGGGGGCAGCAGGCGAGCAGGGGAUUGAGAGGCCAGCAGAAGGCCAGCAAGGGAUGCAGGCGGGAGCAGCAGCAGCAGCGGAUGAUGAUAGUGUGCUGAGGCAUGCUAUGAAUGGAAGCACACAGCAGGGGGCAGCAGGAGGCAGGCAGGAAAUGCAGAGGAUACCACAAGACCAGCAGGGGAAGCAGGCAACAGCAGCAGCAGACGACGACGAUAGCGUGCUGAGGCAUGCUAUGAACGGAAGCACACAGCCGGGGGCAGCAGGAGCUGCAGGCGAGAAGGGCGCGGUUGAGAACUCUCAGGAAGGGCCUUUACCAACAGUGGUGGAUUCGAGUGUGAGUGACUGUCAAGAACCCCACUUACCACAACACAUGGGCUCAAGUGCUCCCGACUCUCGAGAACCUUCCAGGUUGGAAUUGGUGGUGGAGCAUAACUGGGCCGUGAAUGGUCGGGAGGAGGGUGCAGAGCGAUUAGUUUUUGCUAAGUCUCCAAAAUUAGCUGAGGAGGGGGGCAGACGGGAGGGGUGGGUGAAUGGUUCUCCCCUCGAGGGGUGUGGGCAGGGGCGGCUGGGGAAUGUAAAGGAGGAGGAGGAGGGGGUGGAGAAGGAGGAAGGAGGUGGUGAUAGGGGUGAUCAAACAGGGGAUGAGGAGAUGGGGACGGCGGAGGUGGGGGAACAGAGCAGGAAGCGUAACUGGCUUUCGCUGUUCUGA